UGGUCCCUUCGACAGCCGCAGUUUUCAGAUCGAUUUUUCUUAAAGAAAAGAUGGCGAUGGCGAGUUUGGCGAGAAGGAAAGUAUAUCUACUGACGAGGAAUCUCUCGAAUUCUCCGGCGGAUUCCCUGAGAUUCUCUCUCUCGCUCGCGAGAUUCUCCCGCGGAUUCGCCUCGGCGGGAUCUGACGAGAACGACGUCGUCGUCAUCGGAGGCGGUCCCGGAGGCUACGUGGCGGCGAUCAAGGCGGCUCAGCUUGGUCUGAAGACAACCUGCAUCGAGAAACGUGGUACCCUCGGUGGUACGUGCCUCAACGUCGGUUGUAUCCCUUCAAAGGCGCUUCUGCAUUCUUCCCACAUGUACCAUGAAGCCAAACAUUCCUUCCCAAGCCAUGGCGUGAAAUUCUCGUCGGUAGAGGUGGACUUGCCGGCUAUGAUGGCUCAGAAAGACAAAGCCGUCGGUAAUCUGACCAAAGGCAUCGAGGGUCUGUUCAAGAAGAACAAGGUUAACUACGUUAAAGGUUACGGAAAAUUGAUCUCCCCGAUGGAGGUCUCGGUUGACACCCUCGAUGGUGAAAACGCUGUCGUUAAAGGCAAACACAUUAUAAUCGCCACUGGGUCUGAUGUCAAGUCUCUUCCUGGUGUCACCAUCGACGAGAAGAAGAUUGUUUCAUCAACCGGAGCUCUUGCUUUGAAAGAAAUCCCGAAGAAACUCGUUGUUAUCGGGGCUGGCUACAUUGGUCUCGAGAUGGGUUCUGUCUGGGGAAGGCUCGGUUCUGAGGUCACAGUGGUGGAGUUUGCUCCCGAAAUCGUUCCGACAAUGGAUGGAGAGAUCCGGAAACAGUUUCAACGCAGUUUAGAGAAGCAGAAGAUGAAGUUCAUGCUCAAGACUAAGGUUGUCGGGGUCGACCCAUCUGGUGACGGAGUCAAACUAACCCUCGAGCCAGCAGAGGGCGGGGAGAAAACCACCCUCGAAGCCGAUAUCGUCCUCGUCUCGGCCGGUAGAACUCCGUUCACAGCUGGGCUUGGGCUCGAGAAGAUUGGAGUUGAAACAGAUAAAGCAGGGAGAAUACUGGUGAAUGAGAGAUUUGCAACUAACGUCCCUAGUGUUUACGCCAUUGGAGAUGUGAUUCCAGGUCCAAUGCUGGCUCACAAGGCGGAAGAAGACGGAGUUGCUUGCGUCGAGUUCAUAGCCGGAAAGCACGGCCACGUCGACUACGACAAGGUUCCCGGGGUCGUGUACACUCAUCCCGAGGUGGCUUCGGUCGGGAAGACGGAAGAGCAGGUGAAGAAAGAAGGCGUGAGUUACCGAGUCGGUAAGUUUCCGUUCUUGGCCAACAGCCGAGCAAAGGCGAUCGACGACGCUGAAGGGAUAGUGAAGGUGAUAGCCGACAAAGAUUCCGACAAGAUCUUGGGGGUUCACAUUAUGGCUCCAAAUGCCGGGGAGCUCAUCCACGAGGCGGUUCUCGCCAUCAACUACGACGCGGCUAGUGAGGAUAUAGCGCGUGUCUGCCACGCUCACCCGACCAUGAGCGAGGCCCUGAAGGAAGCCGCCAUGGCCACUUACGACAAGCCCAUUCACAUCUAGAAAGCUUGGAUUUUUUAUUUUUUUUUUGGUUCACUGAGAUUCCCCAUAAGACCGUGUAAGGAAAAAAAACACACACUUUCUCGUUUGGUUGAAGCAGAAACUUCGUUUUAGCAUCUGGUUUUCAAUGAUUGAAUAAAUCUCUCUUUCUUCGGACAACA